AUGCAGUUUGGUGACACCAAUGCGCCCAAUACCCUCAACCUCUUGACCUCGGCGAUGUUCCAUGUCAGGAGCACAGCCUGCACUGCCAUCAAUACUCGAAGGAAGUCUCCCAAGUUUGCGGCCGGAGUCGACAUCAGCUACCGGUUUGUUCGUUGCAAGCAUUGUCGGCGCGAUGGUGUAGUCGUGAGGGCGCGCGGGCGCGCACUCAGUGGUCGAGGGUUCGAUCCGCCCGGAGCGUGA